CAUGAACUCCAGAGGACGUUUGCCACAAGAACUUAUCGACCUAAUUGUCGACGAGAUACCCGGUGCCGUUGAAUUUUGGGAACGUCCGACCCGGACGUUCGCCAACUGUGCCCUUGCUUUAUCUAUCUUCCGUCGACGCUGCCAACAGCAUCUAUUCGGUACCAUCAAUAUCCGCAACCUCUGGUCCAAACCAGAACGCUGGAAGACGCUCAACGAGAUCCUCAGGAACAACCCAACUAUCGCGACUUACAUCCUUUACCUUUCGUUGAAACUUGAGCGCCGGGAUUUCUCAUGGAUGACAGACGACGCAGGCCGCGUACUCCUACAGCUCUUACAAGCCAUUGCGACGGCAAGAAGGCUAAACAAAAUAACGCUGCUGGGUCCAGGACUAUACGGAGAACCUCUCCCGGUCGAUGAACGCUUCGUAGCUCGUUAUUGGGAUCCGUUCAUUGCGCCAUUCGUCUUUAGAGUCAAGAUAGCAGACAUGACAAUACCCCUUCGAAUGUUCCUGAAAUGCAACAGACUCCGACGAAUUGAACUGGAUGGAGGCCGUCGAACGACUCGCAAGGUGCAAGGCACGGAACCCGCCUCAAUUGACCCCAACGGUGCAUGCCUUUUCCUUUCUACGCUACCUCUGGGUCGACAUAUUGGAGUCGAGCGCUCGGUUAUCAGUGCUGCAUCAGCUUCUCUCGAGGAGCUCCAUCUGAAGACCGGGUCGUUGGACGGCCACCAACUCUUCAUGGGCGUGGUAGACUUGGGCGCAUUGACUAAUUUACGAGUUCUAGACGUCGACGUCGUGACUGAUCAGCCAACGUGGAGAGAUCUUGAUGCAGACGACGACAAAGACAGCGAUGACCGGACUCAGUGGCCUUUCAAUCGUUUCUCAAGCAUGUUACACUCUGUAGUGCCAACGAACAAUCACCUCCGCAAGCUGUACCUCACCCUCUAUGUCGCCUCCCAAGGAUGGGACGACCCAAGCAGUAUUUUCAGCGAGCCUGACUGGGAUUUGGUUGAUCGUGCGCUAAACCGGCUCCUCUCGCAUUCCAGCCACCGAAUGGAUGUCUUCCUUUCUGCCAGGUUCUCGUGGAACUCGGAAGCCGAUGUGAAUCAAGGGUAUUACGAGUCUCCAGAUGAGGAGUCGUCCAAUUCCCAAGAGGAAGCAGAUGCUAGGAGUGGUUCGCAUAAUUCAACUUCGGAUGAAGAGUUCUGGAAUCACGGUUAUUCCGACUCAAGAGAGCAAUGUGAAAGAAUGUUGGAUGUAGCUCUUCGUCGGAUUGUUCGAGACAAUUUUCCUCUAACCCAGAGCCACAAUCGUGUUACUUUCCAUCGUGAUUACGAGUUGGACAUUUACUA